UGGGAAAGGGCGCGGCUUCCCGCUGCUGUUAUCGUCCGCCGCCCGUCCGAACGAGAGGAGUCCGGUCGGGGGUUUUGCUCGCGGGAGCUGCAGGCGGGCGGUUACGGCGCGGUGGCUCUUCCAGCCGGGGACAUGUCGAGGCGGGUGGGGCUCCGGCAAGCCGCUUGGAGGAGACGAGUGGCCGCCGAGGCGACGGCGGCGCCCGACUCGAGUUCCUCCGGGAGACUGCAGCGCUCGACGGCACUCCGCCCCUGAGCACCGGCAGCGCAGGCGGACGCGGCCCGCGGAAGGGAAUUCAACUGCACAGCAAAGUACCGAAGGCCUCUUUGGCAUCAGGAAGUGCAAUAAUGAAGCUGCUGGAAAACUCCAGUUUUGAAGCCAUCAAUUCCCAGUUGACAGUGGAAACAGGAGACGCACAUAUUAUUGGCAGGAUCGAGAGCUAUUCGUGCAAGAUGGCCGGGGACGACAAGCACCUCUUCAAGCAGUUUUGUCAGGAGGGUCAGCCACAUGUCCUGGAGGCUCUGUCGCCGCCCCAGACCACCGGCAUCAGCCCUAACCGGCUCAGCAAGAGCCAGAGUGGAGAUGAAGAAGGACCCCUCAGUGACAAGUGCAGCCGCAAAACCCUCUUCUACCUGAUUGCCACCCUGAACGAAUCUUUCCGCCCGGACUACGACUUCAGCGCUGCCAAGAGCCACGAAUUCAGCCGGGAGCCCAGCCUCAACUGGGUGGUGAAUGCCGUGAACUGCAGCCUCUUUUCUGCUGUCCGGGAGGAUUUCACCGCCCUGAAGCCUCACCUGUGGGAUGCAGUGGACCAGGAGAUCUGCCUCUCUGAGUGCGACAUCUACAGCUACAACCCGGAUCUGGAUUCGGACCCCUUUGGGGAGGAGGGCAGCCUCUGGUCGUUCAACUACUUCUUCUACAACAAGCGCUUGAAGAGGAUUGUUUUCUUCACUUGUCGCUCCAUCAGCGGCUCCACCUACCCUCACUCCGAGGCUGGGAAUGAGUUGAACAUGGACCUCAGCGAAGAUGAUGCCGAGGAGACCCCCGGCAGCUGCGACAGGGACGGGGGCAGCAUUGAGGCGGAGAAGAGGCAGGUGGUCUGCAUGUAAUGUCCAGGCCGGGGGCUUCUCCCACGAAGGACGGCGCUGCCAGCUUUUCCCAAACAACUCGGCGUUGUUGCGUUGCUCUGCCUGCCCUGCGGAUGCCGCGUGAGCAGUUGGCGCCUCCGGAUGCCCAGGAUGGUGCCAGCAAGUCCUCUGCCCACCCGCUCAGCCUUCAGGGAUCUGAUUCUUGCCUGGCAGCAGCCUUGUGACUCUGCGUGUUUCCUGCCGUGCCUGGGGGACACAACAUUUUGCAGGGAGGGAGAUGCAGCCCUCACGCUGGCUGAUGGGAGGGGGUCUGGACUGGCUGCUGCGGGGCCUCCUUUUAGCCUUGAGACCCUGGAAGGAGAAGCCGAAUUAACAUGGGAACAGGAUGGAGAGGCUCUCCCCCUCCCCCUUUUUAAUCCCCCCUCCCAAGACUUUUGGCAUCAAAUAGCUGGAUUUUGGGGCCUGAGGCUCGCUGGCUUCCCCCAAGAGCUCCUAGAGAUUUUAUUUUUGUAUUCCUGCCAAGGGUCUGCUUGCACCUGCGCCCCUCCCCAGCACUUUCAUCAGCUGCAGCAGCGGGGCUCCC